ACAAUAUAAGCAUGAUAUCAACUCCUUUAUCGCCGCCGCGACGACCGCAGUUAACGUCCAAUACUUAUGCCGAAUAUAUUGUAUACGUUUCUAUACAACCUGUUAGGAUUCGACUACCUCGGUGAUUUUAAGAGAAGUGGAUACCGAGAUUCACCGACGAAAAUAUAUAAAAAAUCUAGUCCAAAAACAUAUGUUAUGUAUAUUACUUUUGAAUUUUAUAAUCGGCAGUCGGCAUAAUUAUAUACAAGCGUGAAGCGACCAAAGUUCGUUUUCAAUUUUUAAUAUUGUUUAUUACAACCACCGUUCUCUUAGGAUCUGCAGUUUGUGCCGUGUUCUCUAGCCAAUUUUUUUUUUCGAUCCUAGAAUAUCGACAUUGCGAGUAUUGAUGCCUGCGUGAUUUGUGAAUAGUAUUAAUACGUAGCCCAACCUAACCUAUACUCCAAAAGUAUACCUUUUGCGAGAUAAACGCAUCACGAGGUCCUGCGCGUGAUUUUAACGGUGGUAUUCCGAGUCGGAUAAAAUAACAACCACCGCCAUCACUAUGGAUCACUGGAAAUUCAUAACGGUCAUGGUCACAGUUUUCACGUUCACGGUGGAAAUACGACCGAUGGAUUCGUUUCUGACGGCUUACUUGACCGGACCGUCCGUCAACGCGACGCUAAACGAGGUUUCCAAUGUAUUUACACCGAUCAGGAUAUACUUAGGAGUGAUCGGAUCGUUUCUGGUGUUCCUGUCGUCCGACUACUUGCGAUACAAGCCGGUGAUGGUAUUCAACGGGAUGCUGGGUAUAGUGGCAUACGCCAAUCUGGUCAAUUCGCCCACGACGUUUCGAAUAAUGGUGACCGAGGUUUGCUUGUCGUUGUUCGCGUGCAUCGAGAUGGCGUAUUACGGUUACCUGUACUCCAAGAUCCAGGACAAAGAACACUAUCAGAUAGCCACAGGGUUCGCCAAAUCCGGGAUGUUAAGCGGCACGUGCGUGGGCGGCCUCUUGGGUCAGCUGGUGGUCUACUUCAGCGAACGAAAUUACUCCGAAUUGCCUUACUACAGUCUCGCCUUCGUGACAUUUGCGACCGCAUGGGCGUGCUUUUUGCCAUCCGUCGGAAACAGCAAAACGUUCAUUCGUGCGGGAGACGUCGGUGGUGAUGGUUUCUCAAAUGCGGCCAUCCUAGACCCAUCUAUACCCAAGUACUCGUCGACCAAAAAAACCGACACACCAAACAUCGUGCCAUCUGAGAUUGUGUUCGACCACUUCUGCGACUUCAGACAUUCGUACGCCGAUAGUAAGGUUUUGAUGUGGUCCAUUUGGUACGUCAUAGCCAUGGCAGCGUUCACGCAAACCAAUUUAUACGUAAAUAUUUUGUAUACGUACAUAGCAGCCGAAUCGGACGAUAAGCACAUGUUGCUAAACGGUGUAGUCGAUUCUCUGGCAACCAUGUGCGCGGCGAUAAGUACUUAUCAAAUCGGCAAGGUGAACGUGAACUGGAAUUAUUACGGAUACACGUUCUUGGCUUUCAGUUCUCUGGUGCUCGCAUUGCUCCUGUCCCUGGGCUACUAUUCGAAAAAUAUCCUUGUCGUGUACUUCAUGUACAUCUGCUUCGACACGAUUGUGCAAUCCAUCUUCGUCAUAGCGAUGUCACAAAUCGCCAAACAACUAAAACACGAUUUCUAUACCUCGGUACUGGGAUUCAACGCUUUCUUGGGCUUGGUUCUGUCCACGUGCUUGACGUCACUCCUGAUACGCAUUGGAACGAUCCUGCCAGUCAGGUUUUUGGUGUACAGCAGUACGUUCAUGAUUCUUGGAGUCGGGUACGGGUGUGCUGCUAUCAUUCUAGCCACGAAGGAGAAGGCCGGGAAAAGACAUUUCAGGCAGCUGCCUUAGCAGUAUAUAUUGAAGGCAUCGAUUUAUCGCAUAACCAACACAAUCCACCAUCAACGACACUGCGACCCACUAAAUAUAAGACUCAAACACCAAAUCCGUGGUGUUAGACUAUAAUAUGGUUUUACCAUAUGUCAUAAUAAUAUUUCCUUAUCUCUUGGCUCUUAAUACGAAAAUCGCCCAUUAUCUACUUUUGUUACUAUUAUAUCGAACAACUUGUAACGGUUACCGCAAAUAUUAUAAUAUAUAUAUUAUAGUUCAGAGCGAA